CUGACCCCUGCCCUCCUCCCGUCAUCCGACCCAGACAAGCCUCACGUUUUCUGACUGUGACCUCAGACUGUAGUCGGACCGAUGCACUCCCCUUAGCAUUAACUUCACUGAAAGCCGUUGGGAACUAAUCGGAAAUACACUAAACCAACGUUCGCAUUUUCUAGCGACUAGUUCGCCGCGCACGCAGUUCAUCCAUCCCGACAGAGAGGGGCGAACUAGCAGGAGACAUGGCCACAAUCGAGGAGCUUUCCCCCGCUGCGGGCCCUGUGUCAACCCGGCCUCCCGAGGACGAGAUUGACGACGAUGAAGAUGAAGAUCUGGAUGAGACAGUGAUGGAGAGGCUGUGGGGCCUGACAGAGAUGUUUCCUGACACAGUUCGCACAGCUGCUGAGGUGUCUGCACAGUGCUCCGUCUCACUGGUCAAGAAGUUUUACAGUUUUUCCCGCUCUGCGCUCUGGGUGGGUACUACCUCCUUCAUGAUCCUGGUGCUGCCUGUGGUGUUUGAGACAGAAAGACUACAGCUGGAGCAGCAGCAGUUACAGCAGCAGAGACAGAUCCUGUUGGGGCCCAACACUGGAAUGUCUGGUGGGAUACCGGGCAUGAUGCCUCCUGCACCUGGCAAGAUGUGAGGGACAGGAAGGGCCAACAUGAGCCUGAACUCUGCUGCUAGCGAUACAGCAGGGUCGCCUAUAAGGAGAGACAGAGAGAACAUGGAGAUGAGCAAAGAACUGCAGUGAAUUUUUUUUUUUUUUUUUUUAAAGGCUGUAUAUGAGUGGCGCAACAUUAGUUUCACUCCAAAUAUCGGGUUGGCUAAUGCGAUCGGAGGAGGAGGAGGAUGUGAAGCGUAUCUAACAUUUCUCUCUCACUGUCUCUCCUUACUCCAACAUCAUGCAGAGACUGAUUUCCAGGAGCACUGCUUCUGUUUUCUUUUUUAAAAUAAACAUUUAUAUCAGCAUAAAUAAUGUGUUCUGUAGAAGAAAGCAGGUACAGGUGGGUAAGAUGAAAGAAGAAAAUCUGGAGGUUACCAAUUGUGUGUCUUGGUGUUUGCAGUCCGAAGAAUGUUAAUGGACUUUUGUUCGUAAUUCUGUCCAUUGUCAUUUGGUUGCUGGUUCCACUUGUAUGUGGAGAAUUAUGUUUAAUAAAAUAUCCGACAACGGUGACAGGUGCAGUAUACUUUAGACAAUAUUAAUUGAUAGGAAUGUGAUCUACAAAAUGAUCUUUUGAAGUUCUACACGCUAAAUGACAUUCUUUUCUAUGUGGUGCAUUCAGACUGUACAUUUGUCUCAACUCACCAUUGUACUUUGUAUGUAUGUCAAAGUUCAAUGUCUCUCACUAUAAAACUAGUCAGUUAUUGGUUUUAUUAUAUUUCUCUGGAUUGUACAAUGCAACAAGACCAGAUUUCAUGCUGUUCAAUUAUUCAAAGAUGGCUGUAUCCUUUUCCAUCUAUAGUAUGUGAAAUACAAAAUUAUUUUCCCAUGUAAUACAGGCAACCUGUCAUUAGUGUUUGGAUAAAUGUGGUCGUGGUGGUUGAUAAAGGUUAAAGGCCUAAUGUCUCUAUAUUAACCUGAGAUAGAAAGGAAUGUUAUGUUCUUUUCUCUGUUGCCAUCCAUGUGACAAUUUUCAAUCUGUUACCUCUGUUCAGUAAGCAAACACAUGUGUCUGUUCUGUGUUCAACAUGACUAUGGUAAUUAAAACACCAAAUCAAAUGGAAA